UGACACAUUCCAUUCACUGAGAGGUGGAAGCAACCGUGACUUGCUCAGUCACCUCAUCUCAUGUCUUUUGGCUACCGAUACCGGUGGUUUUUACUCCUAUCCAAACUGAGUUUGGUCGACUUGUUUGCGCGGUACUUGAGCGACGGGAUGCCCUGCCUUCACUUGGAAGCUUUGGAGUCUAUGGCGGCAGCGGAUGGAGAGAGUCCCCGCGCCGUUUCCAGAUCGGGGAGAGACCGGUCGUCCGGCCAAGUACUUGAAAAAGACCAACCCGUAGUGACCAGCGCUGGUUGGUUUUUCUCGCCACUGUGGAGCCCCCGAUCCAAGACGCAUCGCUGGGGUUUCGGGAAGGGGGUGGAGAGCGACCGAGUGGAGGCUUGGCUUGAUGACCACUCGGACUUUGCAAGGUCCUAUUUACGCAGAACUUCAGAGGACAUGCUGAGUGGCAGAAUGGUGGAGAUGGCCCUGUCCUCUCAAUCCUCAAGAGAGGGUCACAGGACUCCCUGCUCUAAUCCCCAUGCCUGCAUGCUCCUCCUGGGUCGGCGCAGGGAGUCCUACCCCCUGUCCAGGCCCUCCCUGUGGAUCUCCAGUCCCUCAAGACCCACACCGCAGACCCUCACCCCCUCUGGCAGUCGUUCCCCCAGGACCCCUCACUCCCCCCACUCCGCAAGGAGGACUGGGCCCUGUGGACAAGGUGAGGGCUGUGGGUGGAUGAUGGGGCUCCUGGGCGGAGGCCUUAGCAUGGUAGGCUCCGUGACAGAUCUCUGCCGGCGUGCCCUGCUGCAUGCCGGGGAGGUGGUGACAGCUGAAUGCUGCUGGCUGUCUCUUGUGCGGAUGGAUCUGGAUGGAGGAAGUGGCUUGGAGGUGGUAGUCUCCCUGCCAGUCAAGGAGUCCAGGAAGGGGGAUUCCUCAAGAAGCCAAGCCCACUUGGAGCUGGUCAAAGGCAUGAUGGGAUAUGUGGUGGCCACAGGAUUUCCACUGAACAUCAGGGACGCUUAUGAGGACCCCAGGUUCAGUGUUCACAUGGAUCAGACGCCUGCUUACAGACUGAAGAGUGUCCUGUGUGUGCCCAUCAAAAACCACAGACACGAGGUUGUAGGAGCAGCCCUGGUUAUCAACAAGAGGAGCAGUGGACAUGGAGCCUGCUGUCUGUUCACUGACCUGGAUGAGAAGAUGCUGUCCAAUCAUAUGGGUUUGUUGGGGAUGGUUCUGGACAACGCCCAGCUGUAUGAGAACUCCAGACAGGAAGCAAGGCGAAGCCAGGUCCUGAUGGACCUAGCUCGCCUGGUUUCAGAGGAGCAGCGUUCCCUGGAGGUGCUGUUGGGCAAAAUGGCCGCCAUCAUCCUGCCCUUCACACACGCUCAGUACUGCACCUUCUUCAUCACUAAGGAGGGAAGCACGGAUUCCUUCUCCCAUGUGGUUGAAAUGGAAUGUGAGGAGCUGGGACCCACUUGUCAGAUCUUCAGAAGGGAGUGCGCCAUGACCGAGGUAGAUUCGGCUCCCGCCCUCAAAGUGCUGGGCUCCAUGGAGACGCUCAACAUUUAUGAUGUCACUCAGGACCCCGUGAGGACUCUUAUCUGCUGCCCAAUCAGAAACAGCAAGACGCAUGAUGUCAUCGCGGUUUGCCAGCUGAUGGCGAAGCAGAGUCGUGUGUUGGGGGAGCCAGAGGCCUUCAACGGCUACGAUGAGCGCCUCCUGGAGGAUAUGGCCGUGUACUGCAGCCUGGCUCUACAGAGAGCCCAAACUGCCCACAGCAUGGACAGACUGAGGGCCAGGCUGGAGGUCAUGAAGGAGGUUCUGUCCCACCACAUAACCCCAUCAGACGAGGAGAUCUGUGCGUUGCAGAAAGUGUCCAUCCCUUCUGCCCAAUCACUGCGCAUUCUGGAGUUCAGCUUCACAGGUUUUGGCCUAGCAGAUGCUGAUACCACGCAGGCCACUGUACGAAUGUUCCUAGACCUAAACCUAGUCCAGGACUUCAAUAUUGACUACAAGAACCUGUGUCAGUGGGUGCUGAGUGUGAGGCGAUGCUACCGGACCAGUGUGCCCUAUCACAACUGGAGCCACGGCCUGAGCACCGCCCAGUGUAUGUUCGCUAUGCUAAUGGCCACGGAGCAACUUCAGGCUAACUUCUCUCGUCUGGAGGUUCUAGCCCUGAUGAUAGCUACUCUGAAUCAUGACCUGGACCACAGAGGAGUGGGCAACUCCUACAUCGAAAGAAGCCAGCAGCCUAUUGCUCAGCUGUACGGCCACUCAUCUCUGGAGAACCACCACUACGCCCUAUGUCUGUUCAUCCUUAACAAUCCGGGCUGCCAGAUCUUGAGUGGUCUCUCCCAGAAGGACUACCAGGCACUGCUGGCCAUGAUCCAGCGGGCCAUCCUGGCUACUGACCUGGCUGUCUUUGUCGAGAGGAGAGCAGAGUUCUUUGCCCUGUCCAGGACAGGUGGGGUGUGUUGGGAAAACGAGAAACACAGAGACCUGCUCAGGUCCAUGCUGAUGACAGCUAGUGACAUAUGUGCCAUUGCAAAGCCCUGGCCUGUUCAGAGGAAGAUCGCAGACCUUGUUGCCAAAGAGUUUUUUGCACAAGGAGACAGAGAGAAGCACAAUUUCAAUAUUAAACCGAUAGCAGUGAUGGACAGAGACAACAGCACACGGCUCCCCCACAUGCAGGUGGACUACAUUGACAGCAUCUGUCAUCCCCUCUACCAGGCUCUCUCUGGGAUGUUUGCAUCCUGCUCUCCUCUGCUGGAUGGCUGCAGGCGGAACAGAGAGAAUUGGCAGCACCUUACCGGGAUGGAAAAGGAAGAGGGAGAGUUGUAGAGAAUAAAGAGGAGAAAAGGGUAGCAAAGGUGAGGUAGGGAGCAAAGUAUGAAUGAAAAGAAGAGAGGGGGUGAAGGAAGGGAAGAGGAGAAUGAGUGUUUAAAGUAGGAGGAGAGGGUGGAUAAGAGAAAUAAUAAUGUUACUUCAUCUCUCUCUUGUCUUCCCCGGCUUUCUUAGACCAGCUCAAGGCUCAGUCCACUGCCAAAUGUCCCUCCCUCUUACUCUGGGACAAAACUUGAAUAACACUUAGAGUAAGACUAUGUAGCUUCUGUACUGUUCCAAUGAACAGCUUUUACAUUUAUUUCCAUUGUAGUUUUUAGUGUACGGUCGAUUUCCUGUAUGUAUAGUUAACAAUAUACACAUGGUAUAACACAAAACAAUAUCUGGAUUUGUCAGGCAUGGUAGGCACCAGUGUCUCUCAUUCUCUCAAAUUAGGAAUCAAUUCAUUAUCCAUGUGUACUCUAGGAUAACAAAAUAAAAUGCUCAAAGCCGUUCAAACUUUGGUGCGCAAACCAGAACGGAACUUGUUCCAUGUUAGUGGAUAAGGGUGGAAAAGCAGGAGUCGUGUAUUUCGCCGAUCAUUCCAAACUGUGAUGGGCUCCAAGGAACACAGCUGGGAAGGGCCUAGAAAGAAGGAGUGGCCUAGAAAUGCUUCGACACCACCUUGAAUGAUGUGGUAUAAAUAUAGACGGUUCAGAGAAACCUUUCCCAGGCAUCUCAUGUCUACAUCCACAGCUAAGACGAUAACAAUCUCUUUAUUCCUGGCCCCCGUUUCACCAAGCCUUAAAGUCUGUCUUAAAGGGCAAUCGCCUGUCAGAAAUAAGCUGCUUGAAUGAACAUUGUAAUAGUGUGUAUAGCUUACGCGGUAUGUUCAAAUAAAAAAUAUUGUA